AUGAACAGAAUCUUUCCUCAGCCAAGGACCUUAGAAGAAAAUGCAGAGGGAGAAAGCAAGACCUUCGCAAGUGAGGAAGAUUGCUGUGGUCCCUUCUCCUGCUGCAGCCGCCGGGGUUUCUGGCUCUCUGUCUGGACCUUGCUCCUCCUUGUGUCUCUGACUGCCAUCCUCUGGCUGGUCAGCAGCUUUGGACUCCCACCAUCGGCCCCAAUGACCAGGGCCUGUGCAACUGCCUCCAACCAGACAGGUUUCCUAUGCGAUGACCGGGAGACGUGUAUUCCCGCCAGUCUCCUCUGUGACCGUGUCCGCACCUGCCCACAUGGAGAGGAUGAAGAAGUGGCUUUAUGCAGGAACAUCCCCCACAGCCUGCCCAGCUUCUUGGUGUUCCAAUGCAGUGACCCCAACACCUGGAUCUUUGAGGAUAAGAAAUGCGAUGGGUCCAAUGACUGUGGAGACUGCUCUGAUGAAGGCACCUGGGCCCGCUGCCCGGCCUGUGGGCCUCAGUGGUGGAGCUGCACCCCCACCUUGUUCCAGUACUGCGGCUGCGUCCCUCGGCGCCUCUGCCGGGACGGGGUGCAGCACUGCUCCGACUGGUCUGACGAGUACUCCUGUCCCCGGCGCUGA